CAUGAGGGCGCCAUUGACAUUUAAUAUGGGAGAAACAUGGCGCAGGGACCGGGACCUCCGAGGUUAUGGUGAUUACAACACCCCUCCUCAACAAGCUGCAUGACAUAACCAGCAUGACCAGCAUGACCAGUCUGGAACUUACCUACCAGACAAGACCAAAUGGUUUCAGCUUUUGAUGAGAAAAUAUACAUUGGAAAAACAAGCUGGCAAAAUGCCAAGAUAUUCAAGGUCAAGGUCGCCAAGACAUCGCAGUCGAAGAUCUUAUACGAGCAGCAACAGCAGGUCCAGGUCUAGAUCCAGGUCAAGAUCUAGGUCAAGAUCCAGGUCACCUCUGAGAAGUUAUCCAAAGUAUGCCAGGAAGAUCACUAGUGGGGGCUCCUAUUCCCGACUCCCACCAAGGAAAGACAUUGUAUCAUAUUCCAGCAGUGCCAGCUCACGAUCCAGUUCCAGAUCCAGUUCCGGAUCCAGGUCCGGAUCCAGUUCCAGAUCCAGUUCCAGUUCCAGAUCCAGUUCCAGUUCCAGAUCCAGUUCAAGAUCCAGUUCCAGAUCCAGUUCCAGGUCCAGUUCCAGGUCCAGUUCCACAUCCAGAUCCAGAUCCAGUUCAACAUCCAGGUCACCUCUGAGAGGUAUCCGCAAAUACCACCCUCAUGGCAAGAAGACCACUAGGGGGUGCUCAUAUUCCCGAUCCCCACCAAGGAAGGACCGUGGGUCAAGCUAUAAGAGUUCCUCCUCAAAGCAGCGAGGAGGCAGAGGCUCACACUCUUACGCCCCUGAGAAACGUCACUACAGUGGAUCAACAAGCAAGGCCAAGUCCAGGUCUCAGUCACCAUCUCUCCGAAAUGAGAGAUACAGGUCGCCCAAGAGAUCACCUCAGCAAGGUGGGCGGGAGGCCAGCGACCAACAAAAUGAAACUGGUAAUUACGGACAGAAGGAGCGGGCUGGCUCCUGCUCAGGCUUUCAAGAUGGCGCGAGCCAGUUACAGCAAAACAGCCAAAUUAGCAACACUGAAGGGCCUCCACAUCUUCCUCACCAUAACGUAUGCAGAGAAGAGUAUGGAAAAGGAGCUCGGGCACAAGACCAGUUACCUUUGACCUCCCAAGAUGUUGGGGUCUGUGAUAGGGACAGUAGUAAAACAGGGAGCAUCCAAUCAAAGUUUGCGCAUAGCCAGUCUUUGGAGAGCUCCUCUAAGGACAGGUACAAGGAGAACGAAACGGCGAAAUCUGAAGCUGUAUGUCCAGAUGAUCAGCGCUUCUCUCCCAAGCCUGCCCAAUGCAGUAAAUCACCCGUUAACCAUAAGAUCUUCAAACCUAUAGAAGAAUACUAUCAAGGUCAGGAGACGUACGUCCAGCUGGAUGCUUCAGGUAAGGGCUACAAACCAGCCAUGCCAGCCGAAACCAUGAACGUCAAGCUUGCCCCUGCUCCGAUCAUCAGACCUAUAUUUGACCCCUUUUCAGUAAAGAUACCCCGCAGUAAGGAUGAGGGCGUGAAGGGGAUAUUUGACCGGCCGGAGCUGAAGGCACGUUUUGCUCGAUUGCAGCUGCCUCCAGCAAAGGCCCAAAACUUUAUCGAAAGACUAGAGCCUCUUAUAUUUGGCUUUGACUUUGAACCUAAACGGGAUAUGCAACUGGACUCCAAAGUUGGCCCAAUGGGUCUAGGCAGCAAAUGCCCAGCUCAGCCUUCAACGUUCCAGGUCAACCCUCUUGAUCUGUUUGGACCACCCAAGGAAGUCCAGCCGCACCCAGACUUUAACCAUUCAACAAUGUUCAUCCAGGACACUUCCCCUGUCAUGGAGGACAUGCCUCAGACUCCGGUCUCCUACCAGAACCCGCCAGAUAACUUGGCAGGCAUCAAGGGACCACAUGACAUGAGGGAUGAUCUAGAUUCACGCCAGAAGCAAAUGGAGCAACAGGACCCGCAAGGGCAAAUGAGAAGCUUGUCCUGCUCCCGUUCCCGGUCCCGAUCCCAAUCCAGGUCAAGCAGGAUGAGUGAAGUGUUCAGGAAACACUCACGAUCCCGUUCGCGAUCCCAAUCAAGGUCAAGGAGGAUGACUCAAAGGUCCAGGAAACACUCGGGCUCCAGUUCCCAUUCCCAAUCCUCAUCAAGCAGGACGAGUCGAAUGUCAUGCGAUUACUCACGCUCAACUUCCCGAUCCACUUCCAGGUCAAGCAGGAUGAGUGGAAAGCCGAGGGAGCAGUCAUGCUCCCGUUCUCGGUCCCGAUCCAGGUCAAGAAGGACGAGUGGAAUGUCCAGCGACCACUCACCCUCUCACUCACCAGUGCAAGGGUAUAAAACAUCUCCAUAUCGUCAUCGGUGCUCUCGAUCCCCUGACCAAUCUGAGGACAAGUGUUCCAGGGACCGCAUACCUGUUAAAGAGCAGCUCAGAAACAUCUCCAAAGGAUCUAAAGACGGCUCGUUCUCUGUUGGCAAUCAAGGCGGGAAGUCACUCAAAGGGAAAAAGAAACCGUUAUUUUACUAUCACCACCUCGUGGACGACCGUUUCAAGUCACCUGACCAAGAUUCAGUGGAAAUUGUGGAAUUCCAUGGCAAGAACCGCGGGGCGAUGUUUGGGUCGGCGUGCGGUACCUUCCGCGGAGGACGGGGACACUUAGGCAAGAUGCACAUCCCGGGCUACCAUCGCAGCCCAGACCGCCAGGAAGACUGUUCCAAGUCACCUGAUGUAGAAGACUGGUCCAAGUCACCUGACCAGGAAGAAUAUUCCAAGUCACCUGACUGCGUCUCAAUUGAAGGUGACGGCUACAAGGACCUGACCGGUCAGUACCGUGGUGCGAUGCAGGGUACCUACCGUGACGGACGGGGACGGGGCUACUUAGGAAAGGACUACAUCCCAGGCUACGACUGUGGAUAUAAUCCUGGCAACAAUCGUGGCAUGAGGGGAACAUACAACCCAAGAGGUGGGCGGGGCUCCAUUGGUAGUGCCAGAGGUGGUGGAGGUCCAGCAUCGACCCGUGGCCUGGUAGGCAAGGAGAAAGGGGACACUAAGCAAGGGAAAGGCAAGAAAGGCAAGAAAGGCAAGAAAGGAAAGAAGGUGGCCAAGCGUGACCAGGAAAUAAAGAAGACUGCACAACAGAGAGCAGCUAGGCAACUGAGAAAGAAGAAAGCAAAGGAAAAGAAGAAAGCAAAGCAAGCUCAGCGAGCAAAACAAGGAAAGAACGUUAAGAAAGGAAAGAACGUCAAGAAAGCAAAGAAUGUUAAGAAGAACCCCGGUGGGCCAGCAUCAGGGCAGGCGGGGAGGAACAAUCAGUGCAAUGUUAUUAACCAGACCUUUGCUGAUGUCAAGAUGCUACCACUGAGCCUUCUACCCAUGCCAAACAUUGCACCCAUACCGAACCUUGGAAUCAGCUCCAUCUUAAAUCAGCCACAAGUCUUGCCACCGUUUAUGUUUAAUCCCCUUCUCUCUCUUAUGAGGGGACUUCAGAAGUAACAGGAUUUACUUGUGACUGGACCAUUGUGGACUGUACAUUUGUAAUUGUUUUUACUUUUCAUUCGCUUCACUUCUAAAUUUUCAUUUACAAGUCUAAAUCUAUGCUGCAUGGCAUUGAGAAAUGGGUCAAUAUUGCUACAUGUAUACAUCAUUUUUGCUUGACACUGUAUUUCGCAGCUUUUAUUUCAAACUUUUGUACCAUUUUCAACUAUUUGCAAGAUUCUGCUGUCAAAUUUAAAUAUUUCACUUUUUGGUUAUCAAGCGAUCAACAAACACUUUUAUGACAGCUACAGUAUUUUUUUUUAUCCCUGGACUCCCAUGGAGACUAAAAAAGAUGCUUAAUUUGUUGUAUACACAGUGAAAUCUCGGUAAGUCAAAACCUGCUAACUCCAAAACCCUUCUAACUCGAAGUAAAAACUCACUCCCGUCAAUUGUUGUUGAAUAGAAAAUCCACUUGCUAACUCAAAACUCUGAUUAACUCAAAAUUUGAGCCCAUUCCCCUGAGCUUUCACUUAUCGAGAUUUCACUGCAUGUGUAUACACCAGACAAAUACCUUUACAUCUGUAAUCGUUUAAAAUACCUCUCAGUUUUAGGAGGUGCAGCUAGGCCUUGGGUCUUCAAAAUAGGGUCGGAGCAAAAACAAAAGAAAUACUGGCCAAGCCCAUGUUUAUUCCCUUAUGCAUAUUCAAUUCAUGUAUUGCAUUUGGUGUCGAGUGCAAUUUUGUUUAGUAGUACUGUAAUGAGUGAACUAUACUUGUAGAAAUAUAACCAUGUUACUGUGUUGCAGAAAAUGUGUUUGUGUUGCACUGCUUUGAUUGUCAUACAGCCUGGUCUAUCAUGGGGUGCAGAAAUCAUAUUUAAGGCCUAGUAAAAAGAAGUUCAGCGUCCC